AUGCAUCAGUCCCUGACUCAGCAGCGGUCCAGCGAUAUGUCUCUGCCCGAUUCUAUGGGAGCCUUCAAUCGGAGGAAACGAAACUCCAUUUAUGUCACCGUGACUUUGCUGAUAGUGUCCGUGUUAAUUCUCACGGUGGGCCUUGCUGCAACCACCAGGACCCAGAAUGUGACUGUUGGAGGUUAUUACCCUGGAGUUAUUCUCGGCUUCGGAUCAUUCCUUGGAAUCAUCGGAUCCAACCUCAUUGAGAACAAACGGCAGAUGUUGGUGGCUUCUAUCGUCUUUAUCAGCUUUGGUGUGAUUGCAGCCUUCUGUUGUGCCAUAGUCGAUGGGGUCUUUGCUGCCAGACACAUUGAUCUGAAACCACUCUACGCUAACCGGUGCCACUAUGUCCCCAAGACAUCCCAGAAGGAAGCUGAGGAGGUCAUAAGUUCCUCAACCAAAAAUUCUCCUUCCACGAGGGUUAUGAGGAACCUUACCCAGGCAGCUAGAGAGGUGAACUGCCCUCACCUCAGCCGUGGAUUCUGCACGCCUCGCAUCCGGGGAAACACCUGCUUCUGCUGUGACCUCUACAACUGUGGCAACCGGGUGGAAAUUACUGGUGGGUACUAUGAAUACAUCGAUGUCAGCAGUUGCCAGGACAUCAUCCACCUCUACCACCUGCUCUGGUCUGCCACCAUCCUCAACAUCGUUGGCCUGUUCUUGGGCAUCAUCACUGCUGCUGUUCUUGGAGGAUUUAAGGACAUGAAUCCAACUCUCCCGGCAUUGAACUGUUCUGUUGAAAAUGCCCAUCCGACUGUUUCUUAUUAUGCUCGUCCUCAAGUGGCAUCCUACAAUACCUACUACCAUAGUCCUCCUCACCUGCCACCAUAUUCUGCUUAUGACUUUCAGGUCUUCUGA